CUGGGUCCAGAUCGGGGCUGGCACCGAGUCGGUGAGGGCAACCGGGAGAGAAGCAACACUCAGGGCCCACGAAUUAAAGCUGCAAUGAUCUGAUUGGGCUGCGGAAGGCGGCAGCUGCGCGCUCACGGGGAGCAAACGAUAACCAUAACUGCGCAUGGAAUAUGCCGAAUUUUUUUGACAAGCUUUCGCUGAAACGCCUGGACCGUUUGGAUUGUUUUAUUCAAAAGGAAAUUAAAAUAAGUUCCCGUUUCAGGACGAUGAGCGUGUUUUGUACAGUGACAACAGUGUACUGUGUUUGAGGGGAACAUGGCAAACGGAGGCGACCAAUUCGGUCUCGCUGAGCGUCCAGACUCAAACUGCAUGGAUUCUCCCAAGGAAAACAAACAGGAAAGUCCAAGCAGCUACAAUUUUAAAUCAUCUGCUUCACCACUGACACCCUCCAGCCAUCAGGGGAUGGAAGGAAUCAAAGUGUACCUUCAUGACAGGGAGCUCUGGACGAGGUUUGACGAAGUGGGAACUGAAAUGAUUAUCACUAAGGCUGGAAGGAGAAUGUUCCCUAGUUACAAGGUGAAGGUCACAGGUCUCAACCCCAAAACCAAAUACAUCCUACUCAUGGACAUUGUGCCCGGUGAUGACCACCGCUAUAAGUUUGCAGACAACAAAUGGUCUGUAACGGGAAAGGCCGAACCGGCGAUGCCGGGCAGACUCUACGUCCAUCCGGACUCUCCCGCUACGGGGGCCCAUUGGAGCCGCCAGCUGGUGUCUUUCCAGAAGCUCAAACUCACAAACAACCACCUGGACCCAUUUGGACAUAUAAUACUCAACUCCAUGCACAAAUACCAGCCUCGCCUCCAUAUUGUCAAGGCGGAUGAGAACAAUGGAUUCGGCUCCAAAAAUACAGCUUUCUGCACCCACGUCUUCUCCGAGACCGCCUUCAUUGCUGUGACGUCCUACCAGAACCAUAAGAUUACUCAGUUAAAGAUAGAGAACAAUCCCUUUGCAAAGGGCUUCAGAGGCAGUGACGACAACGAGCUGCACCGCAUGGCAAAAUUGCAAGGUAAAGACUACCCCGUGGUCCCUCGCAGCACGGGCCGCCAGAGAACAUGUCCCGCCAGGAGUCCCUUCAGCGGGGAGAUGCAGGGUCUGAGGCGCUCACCCGACGUGGCCGGCUCUCCCUUUAACUGUGAGAACGGCCUGAGCAGCAGCAGCAGCAGCCCUCAGACGCUGCUUGGUGCUCCGCCCACUCAAUACACUUUGUCUCAUCCACAUCCUCAGCACGUCCAGCAGCAGCCUCAACUUUAUCACUGCACCAAGAGGAAAGUGGAGGAGAAGUGCUCCCCAGGAACCCGCCAGCACCCAUUCAAGAGAGUGUUCCCUGGUAGCUCACCCAGCCCUGGGGAGUCCUACUAUCACGCCUCCUCCUUCGCACCUCCCCCACUGCCCACUCUGCCCAGCAACCCUGGCCUAAGCCUCACCGACGCCCCCUACAGCUCGGACAUGAGCCAGCGCCAGGCGUGCAUGUUUGCGGGCUCUGAGAACAGACUCAAUGAUCGCACCUGUGCGUCCUGGUCGUACACCUGCCCGCUGCCCUCCGCCAUGACUCCAGUGGAGCCCUAUCCACCUUACUCCCCCCAUCCCCCCUACAACUCCAGCCCACAGGGCUCUCGGCUCAGCAACAUAGCCCACCACAGCUCACCGCCGCUGGGUGAGCCCGUUUCUCACGACCUCUACCAGAGCCAGAGUGCAGAAAACAUUCACAGCAGGCAGAUCAGUCCCCCUCUCCACAGAGAGUAUCCUCGCUUCACCCCCAACCUGUCCCCCCCGCUCUACAACUCAUUAGAGACGCACACCCAUAUCAGGUGUGGUGUUCCUGAAUGGAGCGCCGCCUCAUAAAAGAUGCUGCAUUCCGCAGGGACUAAUUGCAUCACCUUUGUGUCAUCAUGUGCUGUGUGAAGUCGUCCAAUGUGUUCCUCCCCUGUGCUGGAUGGAGCAGUGCGUCAUUAAAAACUGGGCUAGGAUGUUCAAACUCAACAAAGGUCCAGACGUUGAACAAAGCCUCACAUUUGAGCAGCACACGGAACAUCAAAGUUUUGUUUUAUUGUCUUUCUGUAACCCAAAGACUGAUGUCAACCAAAUGUUUGCACUGUGAGACCCGUUUAAGACCAAACCCUGAACGGAACCAGGCUGUUUUUCCCUCUACUUUGCGUCAUUGUGAAAGAUGUAAAUUGUGACCCACUGUCAGACAUUUAUGGACCACAAUAAUCUCCCAGCAAAAGCCAAAGGGGGAGCUUUUUUAUCUCUUUAGUGGAGCAAAGUACACGCUACGUGCUCGGCCCUCAUGACGCAUAAAAGGCAUAAGUUCUGUGUGUGUGUGUUGCUAUGUAAAGGCAGCGUCAGCUUGGCUCAAGAACAUUAAGAGCUCAUUUGCAAUGAGACAGACAGUAGUAGCCGUAGGCGCAUCACCGCUGAGAUAAACAGUUUGUUUAGAUCGUGCUACAGGCUGAGGGACCUGUAAACACACAUUCCACUGCAUUCUGGGUAAAUGCACAUCUCAACAUCACGCAUCUGUCUCCGUCACACACCCCAGCCAACCAAUCAUCUGGAGAGCCAGCUCCGCCCUCGUCCCAAGCUGCCCAGUCAGAACUAGAGUGUGGUGAGUUCAUGACAAAUGUGCGUGUUUUGGUCUGUUUUUGCUUGUUUCUGAAUAAGUCUUUGUCAAAAGUUGACCGUUGACUUGUGAGAGCUGCAAACACAAUGUGGAAACAUUGUGCUGUAAAUGAGAUAUUUGAUCCACUCAGGUAAAUCUAAGUUUAUUAUUAGUCUGUUAUUCGGAAACCUAAUGGGCCCUUGUUAUUUCCACAUAUAGUGUAGUUCUAGAGGAAAGCCAUUUCCCUUCACAUCUGGAUAUUAUUAUGGACUGUAAAAGACAACUGUGGCUCUGUGGAAAAUUGAAGCAAGUCAAGAUUUUUAUUUUUUUGUAGCUGUUUUCUUACAUUUCCACCCUGGUUUUAUAUGCAGUAACAUGAGAAGGUGCUCAGUUUGUGUAGAGCAAAUACUCAUCUUUCCUUAAUGUGUGUGUGUGUGUGUGUGUGUGUGUGUGUGUGUGUGUGUGAAAUGGUGCGAAAGGUGUUUUAUAUUAUUUAUUAUUCUUGAUUUGUUGUCAUUCUUGUGAAACAAGAUGCUGUUGUGCAGAGAUAUUACUUCAAAAGCUGGGUUCACCCUCUAUUUCCACGUGGUGUUAAAUAGGUGUGGUACAAGUGUAUGUUUAAUUGGAUUCAAAUUUCUAUACAGAACUGAAUAAAGUUUUUCAG